GCGGGCGCCAGGCAGGGGCGGGCGCGCGCGGCGCGGCCAAUCAGCGUCGCCCACGACCCUGCCCGGAGGAGCUGGAGCCGCCGCUCGGUUGGGCCCGGCCCGGAGCCGCCACUGUCGGGACCGGGGGCGGUGACGGAGGAGGAGAUGGUGUCCCCCGCUGCCUCGGCCGGGCGCCUGGGCUCCGCGCUGCCUUUCCUGCUCGUGCUCCUCGACCUGCAGUACCAGGGAGCUGAGUGUGGAAUAAAUGCAGAAGUAGAGAAACAACUUGAAAUGGGGAAGAAGUUAUUGGCUGCUGGGCAGCUGGCAGAUGCUUUGUCUCACUUUCAUGCGGCCAUAGAGGGAGACUCUGAGAACUACAUUGCUUAUUACAGAAGAGCCACAGUGUACUUAGCCAUGGGCAAAUCUAAAGCAGCAAUUCGCGAUUUAAGUAAAGUGGUUGAAUUAAAGCAGGACUUCACAUCAGCAAGAUUACAAAGAGGACACUUAUUGCUUAAGCAAGGAAAAUUUGAUGAAGCAGAGGAUGACUUUAAAAAUGUGCUCAAAUCCAAUCCCAGCAAUAAUGAGGAAAAAGAAGCCCAGACUCAGCUGACAAAAUCUGAUGAGUUGCAGCGCCUACAUUCACAGGCAUUAUCUGCCUACAAGCAAGAGGAUUAUGGAGCUGCUAUUUCUCUUCUUGAUGAAAUCUUGGCAGUUUGUGUUUGGGAUGCAGAGCUACGGGAACUUCGAGCAGAGUGUUACAUAAAGGAAGGGGAACCAAGCAAAGCCAUUAGUGACUUGAAAGCUGCUGCCAAAUUAAAGAAUGAUAAUACUGAAGCCUUCUAUAAAAUCAGCAAAAUAUAUUAUCAGCUGGGGGACCAUGAAUUAUCUCUCAGUGAGGUCCGGGAGUGUCUGAAGCUGGACCAAGACCAUAAGCAAUGCUUCUCUCUCUAUAAGCAAGUAAAGAAACUCAAUAAGCAGAUCGAGUCAGCAGAGGAAUUCAUCAAAGAAGGCAGGUAUGAAGAUGCUAUCAGUAAAUAUGAGUCUGUAAUGAAAACUGAGCCAGAAGUCCCAGUUUAUUCUACUCGUGCCAAAGAAAGGAUCUGUCACUGCUUAUCAAAGAAUCAGCAGUCUACAGAAGCCAUCAAACUUUGUUCAGAAGUUCUGCAGCUGGAGCCAACCAAUGUGAAUGCCCUGAAAGACAGAGCAGAAGCUUAUUUGCUAGAAGACAUGUAUGAAGAAGCUAUUAAAGACUAUGAGACUGCUCAAGCCAAUAGUGAAAAUGACCAACAGAUUCGGGAAGGGCUGGAACGUGCCCAGAGAAUGCUGAAGCAAUCACAGAAGAGGGAUUAUUAUAAAAUCCUGGGAGUAAAAAGAAAUGCUCGAAAGCAAGAAAUCAUAAAAGCUUACAGAAAGCUGGCAUCCCAGUGGCACCCUGAUAACUUCCAGAGUGAGGAAGAAAAAAAGAAAGCAGAGAAGAAAUUCAUCGAUAUUGCAGCUGCUAAAGAAGUCCUCACUGACCCAGAAAUGCGGCGGAAGUUUGAUGCGGGAGAGGACCCAUUGGAUGCAGAGAGUCAGCAGGGUGGCAACAACCCGUUCCACCGGAGCUGGAACACGUGGCAAGGAUUCAACCCCUUUGGUUCUGGAGGAGGACCAUUUACAUUCAAAUUUCACUUCAGUUAGAGCCAAGACUGUUUCUGGGUGGCUGCUGCUGUUUUUUACUUAAUUCAUUGAAAAAUAAAAAGUCUCUCAGUUCAAGACCCAAAA